CAGCUCAAGCAACAGCAUGUCCUCAACAGCCAAUUUCGAGGCACAGACGGACGAGUUGCUGGCACUCGAGUCGAUCUACGACAAGCUGAUGCUGCGUCUGACGACUGCGACGCCCGACUUUGCCACUGUGAACAGCGGACAGGUGCUGCUCAAUCUGACUGUGCCGCAGGACUUUCAAGUCUUCAUCCCGACGCCGCUCACCAGCGCCAAGCGAGACGCGGACAAGGCCGCCAAGGCGAAUGACGACGACGACGAUGCCACUGCGGACGCGGCUCCCAGGGCGGACAAGGGCAAGCGACCCCUCGGAAGCGCUCCAAUUCAGCAGCCCACUCCGGCUGCCACUGCUAAUCCUUCCUCAGCCAUUGAGCCGACCUACAAGCUCGAGCAUCUCCCGCCGAUGAGGUUUGAGUUUGUGCUGCCGGCGGAAUACCCGUCGUCAGCACCGCCACAGUUCACUCUGACGUGCUCGUGGCUGACAGAGUCGCUGCUCGGUCGCCUGUGCCGAGAACUCGACGCCAAGUGGAACGAGCAGCACGGCGAGGUCGUGCUCUUCUCCUGGCUGCAGUGGCUGCAGGAUUCCGCCUUCUCCUGGCUUGGCAUUCCCAGCAAAAUGCCACUUCGCGUGAGCCAAAACACGCGCCGUCGAUUUGCGCGCAUGAUGAGCACCAAGGAGGCCGAUACCGCGGCCGCAUCGUCUUCGUCAUCCAUCGCGGCAAGUCAUCCUGUUCAACAAACGUCCAUUGACGAAUCCGCCUCUGCAAACACCAGCAUGCCAUGCACGCCUGCAGAUUCGCACACGGGCAACGAGCCACCCCUGCCAGCGGUGUCUGGUUCUCAGGCGCACGACGCUGGCAAGGCGCGUCGCGAUCCGCGCGGCGUGCAAAGCGCCAACAUGGUGAGCAUCCUGCUUCGCGACCUCAUUGACUACGACAAGCUCGAGUCGACUCGCAUCUUUGACGAAGCAUACCAAACUUGCGACGUGUGCUUUUCGGACAAGCAAGGUGUGCAUGUUCACAAGUUGCACAUGUGCAACCACAUUUUCUGCAACGAGUGUCUUGGUGGCUACUUUGCUGUGCAGAUUGCCGAUGGUAACGUCCGUGCUCUCACCUGUCCCAACACGUCGUGCAAGGUGGUCGCACUUCCGACAGAAGUUCGCAAACUCGUGUCCAACGAUCUCUACGAUCGCUACGAACGCCUCGUACUGCAGCGCACGCUUCAAGAGAUGAGCGAUAUUACCACUUGCCCGCGACAGGCGUGCAGCGCCACGCUCAUUGUCGAGCCCGACACCCAUCUGUGCAUGUGCACCGAGUGCCGUUAUGCAUUCUGCGUCUACUGCCGACGAGCCUGGCACGGCAUCUCGCCGUGCUCCAUUCUUGACCUCAAAGAGUUGGUCGCAGAGUACGUUGCAGGCACCCCCGAGGAGCGGCGUCUUUUGGAAGUGCGCUACGGUGCAAAGAACAUCAUGUCUGCCUGGGAGGAGCUCCGAACCAACGAGUGGCUACGCGAGUACACCCAGCAGUGCCCCAAUCCCAACUGCAAAGCGGCUAUUCGUAAAAUCGAGGGCUGUAACAAGAUGGCUUGCAGCUGUGGCGCGUACUUUUGCUGGCUGUGCCGCAAGCUCUUGGACAAGGGCGAUCCUUACAAGCACUUCCGCGAGGAUUUGUCCGAGUGCUCUGGUCGGCUGUUCUCGUCAACGAACGACGAGGCGCACACACGCACUGCCCGCCUUGACGACGCCGACAGGGCUUUCAACCAGCUGGGCCACCACAACGUCCGGGCUGAGGUUCGGGUCGCGCAAGCGCGAGCGGCCGAGAACAAUGGCGAAGAGCCGGCUCCUCCGCAGCCAAAUCAUCCAAACAAUGCUGCAAACGUUCGUCCCGCCCGCCCCGCUCUGCAGGAAGAGUCUGAUGAUGAUUAUACAGAUGAUGACGACGAGGAUCCGUAUGAUCUGUUCGGGUGAUGGCCAGCCAUGUUUGUCUUGUUUUUUGUUGUUGUGGCAUGUCAGUUGUUGAUUUUUCGAAUAGUACUGCGCACCACCAAACCCAAA